UGUGGGAUAGAGUCAUGGCAAUUAAAGUGGUGUCAAACUGCUUUCAUUCUACAGAGGAUAUACAUCCUUAGAGGAAGGCAACUUCCUCUGAAUAAAAUUGGCUAACAAAAACCUAUCUAGGGCUACCACAAAUAAGAACAGAAGUGCCCUAACAGCAACAAAGGGCUUCCUGUGCUGUUUAGCAUUUAAAAACACUUCUUUUUUAAAAGCCAAAAAUGGAAUUCAGGCCACUUUUUUGAAGUUUGUCUGGCCUUCAGAAAGUUCCAGGGAGAAGAUCAGCACCUGAACUCACCAUAAGGGCCCAUCCUGAUUUAAGCACAUUCAUCCUGACAAAUUCCUCAUAUCUAUAAGGAGCAACUGAGGAUGUAAGCAGAGUUUUGGCUAUCCACUGCCAGGAAGAAAUGCUGCAUAAUUGACUGAAAUAUAUUCAACCAGAGAUGUGUAAGAACAGAGCAGAAGUGUUACAAAUAUCAGUGAGAUGAGAAAAAAGAACUGUUCAGAUUAACCAGUCUACAUGGUGACUGUAGGACAGGAAAGAAGAUAAAGGGAAGCCCAAAAGAAUGAAGAGACAUAAGUGGUCCUACAGUUAUCCAAGAGGACAGAGACUCUUGAUCCUGUUUUCAACGGUGUGGCUGUUCUUGCUGCUAAAACUUCUCAAAGUUGAGCAACUGCUACUCUCUCACAAAGACAUUUACUUUGUAGAGCCGCUUUUAAGCACCUCCUCAUAUGUGAAAAACAAGUACACCAAUUUUAAAAAAGAUGGCCAGUAUGAAAUUAACUGUUCCUUCAUAUACAGUCAGGAACCUGUGGAAAUUGGAAAGACAUUAGAAAUAAAAAGAAAAGAAAUUAUUGAUUUGGAUGAUGAAGAUGUUGUAGCAAUAACUAGUGACUGUCAAGUGUACCAUACAAUUAGAGGAUAUCAGCUUAAGCCCAUUUCCCUAGAAGAGAAAAAAUUUCCAUUAGCUUAUUCUUUGGUUGUUCACAAAAAUGCUAUAAUGGUUGAGAGGCUGAUCCAUACAAUAUACAGCAGUCAGAAUGUUUACUGUAUCCAUGUUGACCAAAAGUCAUCUAGCACUUUCAAGCGGGCUUUGGAGAAUCUAGCUAAAUGUUUCUCCAAUAUUUUCAUUGCAUCCAAAUUGGAGGUGGUAGAAUAUGCCUAUGUCUCAAGGCUCCAAGCGGAUUUGAAUUGUUUGUCUGAUUUACUAAAGUCUUCUAUUCCAUGGAAGUAUGUAAUAAAUUUGUGCGGCCAAGAUUUUCCUCUGAAGUCAAACUUUGAACUUGUAUCUGAACUUAAAAGAUUAAAUGGAGGAAACAUGUUGGAGACAGUCAAACCAAGCACCAGUAAAAGGGAACGGUUUACCUAUCACUAUGAACUCCAGAAAAUGCCUUAUGAAUACACCAAGAUGCCUGUGAAAACUAAUGUCUCUAAGGACCCACCACCCCACAAUAUAGAAAUGUUUGUUGGCAGUGCCUAUUUUGUUUUAAGUCGAGCUUUUGUAGAGUAUGUUCUUGCAAGUUCCCUUGCUCAAGAUUUUUUUGAAUGGUCAAAAGACACUUAUUCACCUGAUGAACAUUUCUGGGCAACCCUUGUUCGUGUUCCAGGAACACCAGGACAGAUUUCACAAGAAGCUCAGGAUAUCACAGACCUUCAGAGCAAAACCCGUUUAGUAAAAUGGAAUUACCUUGAGGACCAUCUCUAUCCUCCCUGUACUGGUACACACCUUCGUAGUGUAUGCAUCUACGGAGCUGCUGAGCUCAGGUGGCUUAUCAACUCUGGGCACUGGUUUGCCAAUAAGUUUGACUCAAAAGUGGACCCUGUUUUAAUAAAGUGUUUGGCAGAGAAGCUUGCAGAACAGCAGAAGGAAUGGGUUGAUUUGUCUUCUGAAAACAUUUUUGUACACAGAACAUUUACAGAUGUCUCUUAACAAUAUGUAAUAUCCAUGAUUGGACUCUGAGAAUUUUUUAGAAAGGAAAUGAUUGCUGAAAUGAGCCAUAUUACUCAUCAAAGAUACUUCUGUAAGCCAAUUUCUGAUCUAUUUUGGUAGAAUUUUCUAUUUUUGCACCUUAAGGCAAAGUGUACUAGCAGAGCUCUGAGAAGCUGUCCCUACUUAGGGUCCUUCAAGAGAGGUGGAAACAUGGGAAUGAAAGACCAAAACAUCUUAAUUUAUGUUGGCUUAAUCCAGUGGUAUCCAUUGUUUUUGUAAGCAACACAUUCUUCUAAACUUACUUUGACUUUUGUCAGCAGCAUCUCCACACCCCUUGAAUAGCACGUGUAUAUUAUCAUGCAGAGAACCAAUAUGUUGUAGUGGUUUGAGCACUGAACUACAGCUCUGGAGACCAGGGUUCAAAACCCCACUCAGCCACAGAAACUUGCUGGGUAACCUUGGGCAAGUCACACUCUCUCAGCCUUGGAGAAAGGCAAAGGCAAAACACCCUCUGAAUAAAUCUUGUCAAGAAAAUCCCAUGAUAGGUUCACCUCAGAGUCACCAGAAGUCAGAAAUAUCUUGGGCACAUAAUAACUACAUAUUGUGCAUGUGUAGCUUGUUACUGCAUACAAGGAUCUAAAGACUGGGCUAUCACUUUAAAACUACCAGUCAAGUUUUUUUUAAAGAACAGGAUAGUUCAGACCUCCUAAAAUUGUUUAUGAGGAAGACCAUUAGAACAAAGCAGACAUUCUCCCCAAUUCAAAUGCAAAUGAAAAGAGUGUAUAACAAGCAUACUGUCAAAUCAAAUGCAGAUAGGGUUGAGAGGGGCACAGAAUUCUACUUAUUCACAUUUUAGCUGGUGUGGAGAUGUCGCCAUCUGCACAAAAUCUUAUCCCAUCCACUUGGAUCCACCUCAAAUUUGAAAACCACAGGCUUAACCCAUGUAAAAUACUGGUCACAUUUUACUUCUAUUUAUGCCUACAGCCAAUGUGCUUACAGAACCUAAGCAUCAGUUAUCCUGUAUUUUGUAUAGAUAUCAAUGAAUCCUAUACAAAGUGAAUGUAAAAAAACCCCUCAGACUCCCACACUCUGCACUGAUAAAAUUGAAAUGUGUGUGUGGGGUAAUUAAUACAAUCAGGACUUUGAGUGUUAAACUUAUAUGUCAUGUUUUGCAGAUUGUUUUAUUUCUUCUGUUAUUUUGUCCUUCUGCAGUGGCCAAGUAGAGGUUUGAAAAGAAGUUUUCUAGUGUUCAUGAUUCUUCUGUGCCCAUCUUGCUGCUUUGAUCUAUAAGAUGGUUCAAAACAUUGCACACCAUAGAAUAAAUAAUAGUAAACAUGUGGCUUGUAGUCCUAACUGUGACACUCCUAUGGUGUCUAGUGCUUUGCACCAACCUUUAUGUUUGAUUCAGUGUGCAUCUUUUGUGUGCAAUAAUAAUAAUUACUGAGGGCUUUUUCAAAUGUUUUGUAUUCUGAUUUGUAUCCAUUCACUGUGGGGAGGAUACAAGUAUCUUACCUCCAGGUUGUACUGUCAUCACUGGGAAUCUAGAGUUCAAGAUGUCCUUUGACUUUGCUAGUUAAAUGCAAUCCGAUCUCCCUGUUGUACUGAGAUCCUUGGAUGAGGUGGUAUACAAAAGUCAUGGGCAACUUUGGUGGCCCAGAAUUAUCUGCGCCACAGGCCUCACCGAACCUGAAAAUGACACAAAAUAAUUUAUAAAAAUAAAAAGUGACAAAAUGAUCACUUCCAAUAUUUUAAAAAAUUGUGACCAGGUGGGUUAUGGGUUUCUAGAACUUGGCAGCAUCCCAGUGCAAAAAAUAGCCAUUCUAGAGGCCUCUAGGAACAGGGGAGAAAUAAUUUUACAGUGUUUUUUUGUCCUGUAGCAGGGAAUGGGGUCCCUAUGUAAGCCAGGCCUAUGGACAUUUUCUCUCAUUUUCCAAGGGUUUAUUUUGGAAUGGCACUUGAGAUCCUGAUGGUGUGACAAGUCACAUAGUUUCCUCAAGGCAAACCUGUACAAACCUUUUAAAUGUUUCUAAUGAUUUAUUUUAUUUUUACUUUAAAAAACUCAGUUCUAGCUAGACUUAAUGUUUUUCUACUGUUCUGUAUGUGUGUAUGACUUCUUUCAAAAAGGGUAAAGGAGCAAGCAUGAAUCUGCUUCCUUUUCAUUUUCUGUUGUUGUUGUUUUUUCCUAGAAAGGUAUGUACUGUGCUCUAUAUUUUUCCUCUUUCAUUAGUCUUUUUCUAGUAAGGCCCUUUUCCAGGAAAGCUAUUUCUUCCUCAAUUAUGUUUUUACAAUUCUUAUAAUAGAGGUGUGAGAUCACAUCUGGAAGGAACAUAGCCUUAGGGGGUGAAGUCACUCUCAUUGCUAAAAAAGAAGAAGACUAUACAAUCCCCUAGAUACAAGCUUCUUAUUUUUUAUUUUUUAAUAAAAGAAAAACACACACAUACAUAGGAGAUAAAACCUGUGUACUAAGAAAAAUGUGUCCUAUUCAUAUUCCCCAAGCUUUAAAAAUGCACUAAAAAGAUGUUUUGCCCAGGGAAAGCACAAUGUUGUGCAUAUUACACCUCAGAUGAAAUUGUUUUUUACCUUUAAGUUUCUUAGGUCUUUUUUCUGCACCUUAUUUUUUUUCUCAAGAUGAUUAUCCCAUACAUUUGAAAAGCCCAGUCAGUAACUGGUGUUUAUAAUACUGAAUGAGCCCUUGAUUUGUGACCUCAGCUUUGUGUAUGCAGGAUUGAUUUAAAAUGGGACAUUAUUAAUAGCUAUCUCUGCUUAACACGGACCUGAUUGAAUAGCAUCUGUAUUCAACCAUGGUUGGACAAGUUGGAAAUUGGCUGUUGCUGAAAAAACAUUGUUAAAAUUUUUGAAUUGCUUGUAUGGAACAUGCAUAAUCCUUAUUUUGUGUAUGUUUGACUUAUAGUUGUUGAAUACAAAUGACAUGUCUCAUGCUUUGAUUGUGUAUUCCUGCAUAGCAGGGGAUUUGAUUUAAUGGCCCUUGAGGUCUCUUCCAACUCUUUGAUUCUAUUUUUGUUAAACUGACAUUUCAUUUAGCCAUGUAUUGAACUGCUGGCCCUUAUCUGUGAUCAGCAGAGUAUGAAAUGUUAUAUAGCCCAGGUGAGUGAUAAACAAAAUUAUAAUGUAAAAAUGGAUUGCUGGUUACAUUUACACCUCUGAUAACAUGUACAUUUAUACUUACUGUAUUUCAAAUGUCACUGUAGGUCCUAUUUUUACUAUAGUUUUUACUACUACUACUACUAAUAAUAAUUUGUUUUAUUUAUAUACCGCUAUUCCAAAGAUCAUAGCGGUGAACAGCAAGUAAGCUAAUUAGCAAGUGCUGGGUCAUUCCUAUCCUCUCUCCUGGUAGAAUAUGGAAGUUAUUAACGUUUAAUCAAGUAUAUUAAAUUGUCAAUUAAUAAUGAGAAAGAUUCAGAGCUGUGUCACAACAGACCAAAGUGUCCUUAAACACUGGGAAGUCUUACAGCCAAAAUUAUCACAGGACUGGAUAAUUUUGAAGACAGGCAACAAUGUUUGAAUGUUUUCGUUUAGAAAACGGGAGGGGGGUAUUUAUAAUAUGAUACAUGAUGCUGAGAAAGCAGAGAGAAAGUUUUCUUCUGCCAUUUGUAUAGCACUAAAACUAGGAUUUCAGUUAAAUUGGUUAGCUGAAGAUGGUGAGUAGACAAAGGAAUCACUACUUAUAAUGGUCAGUAGUUUAGAUGGCUUUUACAAAAGGGAUCAGAUGAAUUCAUGGAGGAUAAUUCUGUUUGUAGCUAGUAGACACAAUGGGUAUUUGUAAAUUCUGGAAUAAGAAGCAGCAUGCCACUUAAUGACAGUUCCUGAAAGCUACAGUAGGAGAGUAUUAUAGUCUGUGAACAUCUCUGAUGCAUCUGUGGAGAAACAGGAUGCUGACUGGGAUAGAUGGGUAAUUCAUCUGAGCCUGUAGGGCUUUUAUAUCCCUUUGUGAUACUUAUUGGUUAACAUAAGGGGAAACCUUACAGAUGUUGUUUCUGCUACUGUGAUUUAGGCAUGCUUCACAUGAAUACUGAUCUGGCAGGAGGAAUGCAUGCUGUCAGCUGAGUAGAAUGGUUUGCCACUGCACACAAUGGGUUCAUUGUAUAAAGUGGCAAAUGCAUGUGUUCAGUGUCAAGCAACUCUCAGGCUCCUCUUCCUCCUUUUCCUUCAUGAGAUUUUAAUACUAGGCCAGCAGUGAUUACUCAAGAGAUAAAAAUAAAAAUGAUAAUGAUGUAGUGGUGCAGAAGAGAAGCAAAAAAAAAAAAAAAGUCAACAACGAGUGCUUACAACCAGUGGCGCACUGACAGGCAUCCAUCAGUGUGACAGAACUUUCUUUCUGACCUGUCCACUGCAGCCCUCUGCUCUGGCUGCAAACUAGCUCUGGAGGGUAUUUGAGAGUGCAGUACUGUAUACUGCUUUGCAGGUUGGUAGACUCUCCUUUGAAGGUCAUUUAACAGAGGUUAGGUGGCCAUCUUUGAAGAGUACUUUACUUGUGUAUUUCUGCGUGGUAGGGGGUUGGACUACAUGGCCUUUGUGAUCUCUUCCAGCUGUAUCAUUCUAGUGUCCCAAAUCUCUUUUAGGUUUUAGAGGUGCAUGGAAGGCUAUAGUGGGGAGGGACCCACCUCCUCUUUGAUUCCUCUAGCAGAAACAUUGGGUAAUACAUGGUUCUCGAGCAUUGAAUGGGAUGCUCUACCUUGCUGGGGUCAAACAAGCUAAACAGUAGCACGGACCAAACACAGGUUCCAUGUAAUUUGCUCUGAAUGCAUAAUUUUUCAUGACGGUUCAUUUGCAUAAAACAUUUCUGAGCUUGACCAUACCAGAGAAACUGUGCAGUGGGGAAGUGAGCCGCAACUUUAGAAUCAUAGAAUCAUAGAGUUGGAAGGACCACAGGGGCCAUCCAGUCCAACCCCCUGCCAUGCAAGAAAUCCUAAUCAAAGCAUGCCCAACA